AUGAAGGUGGCCAUUAAGAUUUUGAACAAGAAGAAGAUCAAGGCCAUGGAGAUGGACGAGAAGGUCCGGCGGGAAAUCAAGAUAUUGCGGUUGUUCAUGCACCCGCACAUCAUUCGGCUGUACGAGGUGAUGGACACGGCGUCGGACAUCUACGUCGUGAUGGAGUACGUCAAGUCCGGCGAGCUCUUCGACUAUAUCGUCGAGAAGGGCCGCCUCAUGGAGGACGAGGCGCGCCACUUCUUCCAGCAGAUCAUCUCCGGCGUCGAGUACUGCCACCGACACAUGGUCGUGCACCGCGACCUCAAGCCAGAGAACAUCCUGUUGGACGCGAAGAUGAACGUCAAGAUCGCGGACUUCGGUCUGUCGAACGUGAUGCGCGACGGGCACUUCCUGAAGACGUCGUGCGGGUCGCCCAACUACGCGGCGCCCGAGGUCAUCUCGGGCAAGAUGUACGCGGGCCCGGAGGUCGACGUGUGGUCGUGCGGCGUGAUCCUGUACGCGCUCCUGUGCGGCUCGCUCCCCUUCGACGACGAAAACAUCCCCAACCUGUUCAAGAAGAUCAAGGGGGGCAUCUACAACCUGCCGUCGCACCUGUCCCCGGGGGCGCGCGACCUGAUCCCGCGGAUGCUCCUCGUCGACCCGAUGAAGCGCAUCACCAUCCUCGAGGUCCGCCAGCACCCGUGGUUCACCGUGCGCCUCCCGCGCUACCUGGCGGUGAUGCAAGCGGACCACUUCUUCCACCUCCAGCUCGACGCGGACAUCGUGGGCGAGGUCUGCCGGCUCGGGUUCACGCGCGAGGAGCUCCUCGGGUCGCUCAAGGAGCGCCAUCAGAACAAGGCGACGGUGGCGUACUACCUGCUGCAGGACAACAAGCGGCGCAUGCAGAGCGCGGGGUACCUCACGGGGCAGAUGGAGCCGCAGGAGCUGUGCACGCCGUACACGAGCGGCAUCAUGAACCGCGCGACGAACAGCCGCACGCCGUCGAUGCUGCACGCCUUCCCCGCGCACCGCGUGGUGGCCGAGCGGCGGUGGCAGGUGGGCAUCCGGUGCCGGGCGCACCCGCAGCACAUCAUGCACGAGGUGUACCGGACGCUCCAGGCGCUCAACGUGACGUGGAAGAAGUCGCAGCCGUACAACUUGAAGCUGCGGACCGAGGUGCGGAUCCGCCGGGCGCGGGUGGCGUCGCGCGGGGAGGGGAGCGACGCGAUGGCGGAGGACAUGGAGGGCGACAGCAUGAAGGAUGCGGACGGGGCGGACGGGAACGGGUUCGGGGGCGGGGAGGGCGCUGGCGAGGGCACGCUGACGACGCACGAGGUGAAGCUGGAGCUGCAGCUGUACCGGACGCGGGAGGGGGAGUACGUGGUGGACCUGCAGCUGGUGCGGGGGGAGUUCUUCCUGUUCAUCGACGUGUGCUCCGCGGUGCUGCGGGAACUGCGGAUCUGA